UUGUAAUCGAAUAGUUGGCAAAGCUGGCCGUUGUAGAGCUCAGUCGAGGUCAAGGUUCAUCAAUUUCCAUUCUAUUUUUACCGGAUUUACUUUUCGUGCGCGCCCGCGAGUUUUUCCGAUAUGCCCGAACGGUUUUUGCGCAUUGUAAACAAACGUUCGCCGGACGAUUUCUGCAUCUUAGCAAGUGCGCAAUUGAUCGAUUGUUAUCGCGUAUGCCGUUCGAAUCGACAUCGUGCACUGUCCAUCGAACAUUUUCCGAAAAUUCGGCCCGUUUGGCCGAAUUCGCGACUCCGUUUUCACCGGGUAAACAACUACACGUGAUCGAAGCAUGGCACUGGCGAGUGGUGGGGACGCGUCAAAAGCCGUCGCACGCGAAACUCGACCCUAUUGCGUCGACAUGCAAGAACGAAGGUUCGCACUCGCUACGGGAAUUUUGUCACGUAGUAGUUGUUAUUGAGAAACGCUGGAAGAGUACACGGUGCAUUGGGAAAAAGAAUUUGUUGCUCUUUUUUUUUCCUCUCGAUUUUUAUCAACAAGUGUCACGUGUUUUUUUUGUUUAAUUUCGCUACGCGCGUACCGAACUGAACGGGGGGCGCUUCGAAAAUGUUGUUGUGUAUCACAUCAGUGUAGCAGCGCUUGGAUUAGAAUAACCCUAAUGUUAGUUUCCGUACUUUCUGUGAUAUGACUCAAAUUCAAAGGGAUACGGUUAUUCAUCUAGUUGCCGGAGGGGUGGCCGGGACGACGGGGGCGAUCGUAACCUGUCCGCUGGAGGUGGUGAAAACCCGCCAGCAAUCGUCGAAAAGCGGGUUCAUUGUGGUGCGCGAGCUGCCCAAUGUAGCGGGCGAAAGCGCCCAGCCGAAAACCACCUGCAGAACGCUGCCGAAUCAAAGACGUAGGUUGUGGACAACGUCUCAAUAUAGCCGGCCUCAAGUUGUGGCUCUUUCAGGUUACUCAUACGCGCCGGCUCAAUCGUUGAGCAUACUCCAAUGUCUCAAGCACAUUGUGCAGCACGAGGGCCCCUUGGCUCUUUUCAAAGGUCUAGGACCGAACCUCGUAGGCGUAGCCCCGUCGAGGGCCGUCUAUUUCUGUACAUAUUCCCAAGCUAAGGCCUUCUGGAACGGCAUCCUGCCGCCGGACUCGCCGAUAGUGCACGUCUGCUCGGCCUCGUGCGCCGGCUUCAUGGCCAGCACCCUCACGAACCCCAUUUGGUUCGUCAAGACGCGGCUCCAGCUCGACUUCAACCGCAACAGCAACGUGACCGCCAUGGAAGUCGUCAAAAGGAUCUAUUCCACGUCGGGAAUCUUGGGCUUCUACAAGGGCAUCACCGCCUCCUACAUGGGCAUCUCGGAAACGAUCGUCCACUUUGUGAUAUACGAGGCGAUCAAAGCCGAACUGAUAGCGCACCGGUCGCACGUCAGCGACGAGAAGAGCUCCAAGGAUUUCUUGGAGUUCAUGCUGGCCGGGGCCAUCUCGAAGACGGUCGCCUCCUGCAUCGCCUAUCCGCACGAAGUGGCCAGGACGAGGCUGCGGGAGGAAGGGUCCAAGUACACGGCCUUCUGGCAAACGCUCGGUUUAGUUUAUAAAGAAGAAGGAACUAGGGGGAUUUAUAGAGGAUUGGCGACGCAAUUGGUGCGGCAGAUUCCCAACACGGCGAUUAUGAUGUCUACGUACGAGGCUGUAGUGUACAUUUUAACGACUAGGUUUAAUAAUGAUUUUUACGAGAACGGCAGGGGGCGCUAGUUGAGGAGAAUUCUGUUGUUUUUGUUGGAAGAUAUGGUGAGAUAAAUUUUAGAAAUUUAUAAUUACUUCGUAUUGGUAUCGUUUUAGUGGGUGAACAUGUUGCCAUUUUGAUUUUUUUACUAGUUUUUUCGGGGGUUCGUAAGAUGUAAAAUGUCGAUUACGUCGUAAUAAUUUAUUUUUAUUUAUGUUUUGCGAUAUUACGAUGUGCCAUAAGUGUACUUCGAGACCUGUAAAUUUACGAUUGUAUUGAAUUCGUUAAAUUCUCGCAUUGAUAACUCCAAGUAAAUUUGCUUGUAGAUUAUGCGCCGUUAAGAUUCCUCGAGUAGAAUAUUUCUGAUUGUGGUUUAUGUAACAUUUCUACGUUUACAUUGUUUUAUAAUACUUUCGUUGAUAAUGAAUAAACCACAUUAUUUAUUUAAAUAAGCGUUUGUCGAAAAGUAAAAUGUAUGUAAUUGCCCACAAUUAGUCUUGUCAGGAUGAGAAAGACUGAUCCUAUUGAUGAUAGAUUUUUGAAAAGUGAUAAUAUUAAUUUUGUUAGUGGUACAGUAAAAAUUGUAUAGAUAAUUUAAAUGAUGUUUAUACUAUUUUACGUCUUUUUUUUAAUAAUGCAUUAAAUAGAUUUCUUUGUUUAGGUUGUUUACAAUAGAUUUUCUUUUGCGAUGUUAAUAUUUUACGUUAUUUUGCCUUGAUUGCGAUCAUUUGCAUAACGGUUGAUUAAUAUGUAUAUUUUUAUCGGCUUUAUGAGUCAAAAAAUUGUAUUACGAACGAAAAAUAUAUUUAAAAAACCUUUUACAAUAAUUUCUAAACUAAUUAUCAUCAAAAAACACGCUAAGAAAUUUCAUGCGUUACAAAAUAAAUUAUUUAAUCACUAUUUGUGAUUUUUACAAAUACUAUUGCAUUUAUACACCGUUGAAAAAACUUUAGAAUUUAAAUAAAUUAUCUAAUUCACAAAUAGGAAUUUUAAAGAGUAUAUAAUACUCUUUAUACGUGUAAAAAAAUUAAUUUUAAAGCGCUGCUCAAAGUCAGUAUAAUAUAAUGAUUUCAUCUAGCUAUUUCAAAUUGUCGUAAAAAUUUAAAAAGUUCCUACAAAAUACAUUCAUUCAUUCAAAACAAAACGAUUAUUAUAAUACUUUCGUAUUGAAACUAAACAUAGUACAUUUUGUUGCUAGUUUUAUUAAUUUAAAUUACAACCAUCCUAGCAUGAAUGUAAUCUUUUUGUUUUGAACGUUUAUAUAGUACUAAUUCUCAUCACAUUACAUUACAUUAAAACGAAUUAACGAAACAAUAAAUAGAAAAAUUAAUAAUGUAUACAGGCAGAUUCUCCAAAAAUGGAUCUACUAAUGUUUACUUAAAAUGUAAUAAUAUUUAUAUACCUUACAUUCAAUCCCAAUCGUAGAAUAAAUUCAAACAAAAGUCGGGCGCUUUAACCCGUCAGUCUAUUACAUUACGUAAAAAAUAAACCCAAUUUUCAUCUCGAUUAUAAAACUUGUUUGCGCCGAAGCGGCAUAUUAAAUGAUAGAAUUUCUAGUAUAAAUAAAUAAAAUAUGAUUACGCGUUUACGCCACCGGCGUCCUGAAAACUUCCCGUGUAAAUCCUGAGAAAUUCAUCUCCCACUUUCUCUUGCACUAUUUGGCCGUCGGCCCCUUCGAAAAUGGGCCGAUUAUCGUUAUAAGGAUUUCGUAAAUGUCUACAAAUCGAAAGAAAUUAGAAUCAUAAAACGAUUCGUUACGAUAAAAAUUACAAAUCACCUUAAAUGUAUAAAAGGUACUUCGGUUUUAAACAGCCAUUCUAUCACAGCAGUCGGUUUGCCAGUUUUCUCGCUAUACAAUUUAACAAACCUGGCGACGCCUUGGAAGGCGUUCGUUUGGUGCACGGUAAAUAAUAAAAUCACCGGUUUCCUAUACUACAAACACAAAAAUAUAUAUAAAAAUAACCCAUCAAUAAAUAGAAUAUAGUUCUAAAUGAUUCAAAUAGAAAACUUUUCACCCUACCCUUGUAGAAUUGACCAUAUUGCAAACAUAUUUGCAUUUACCCCUAUACAGAUAGGUGCAACACUGCACGCAAUAUGGUCUAUAUGAGUGCAACAAAAACAACUUCCACAACUCAUAUAAAGGAAAAAGAACCUCACUCUAACCACUGUUCUUCAAAUAAUCCGUCUUUGUUCGACCCAUUCUAUCGCAUUCUAUCUAAUAUACUUACGCUUCUAUAAGUCAAAAUUUUCUUCUCCGUUUGCGGCGCGAAUAUCCACUUGCUCGUCUGCUGGGCGAUGUCCACGUUCCUCGUCUGCUUCGGCUUGAUCAAUAUGAAGAUCUUCCCGUCGUCGACCAGCGGCUCGGGCACGUCGAAGCGCCACCUGUUGCCGCCCGAAGAAGCGCCCUCGAACUCGCCCCCGAGGCCCGGCGGCCCGCCGUUGUGGCGCGCGAACAAUUUGCGAUUCUGCGCGGAAUCGGCCCGGUCGCAUUCGAUCGAAUUCGCCCUCGUCGCUGCGCAAAACAACACACGAAUGUAAAAAAGAAACGUUCGGGCGCUCCGAUUAGGGGCGGUAAAACAAACGCACUGCUACCAAUAACACGCUUUAUUUGCCAUACGAUAUUUAUCGGACCUCUAAUACUAUCUAGUAAUGUCUGUAGGGUUAGCUAAAAACGGUUGUUUCUACCUGAGUUGGACGAUCGUUUGAUAGCACCGGUUAUUUUCCUCGGACUAGAACCCGGCCUGUAGCCCACUGGAUUUUGGUACGCGGCGUUAUUUUGUGGAGGGUGUCGAUUAAAAUCGUUCUUUCUUUCUCUCCAAUUAUCACCACCCGCGCGAUAUCUUUGAGAUUGAGGUAACGGUAAGAAAAACCUCGGUUUUCUGCCUACAAACAACCAAAUUAUCAACAACAACCGCAUUAAUAAAGCAUUUUAAACGUACCGAUGUGUAACGGAGGCUUCAAAUCUGCUACGGUUUCUUCGGCAUCCAAUAUACUCCUUACGGUUUUUAUGAUUAUAUUAUCGUACUCGGUAUAAGAAUACCGAGGACAGGUCAAAACGUUUCCGAUUAACGUUUCCAAAGCUUUCCUGAGGUAGAUGAGGUUGUGGUUCGGAUACUCGAAUUCCAUCCAAUCGUCGAUGUUCAAAACGUUCGGACUGGGCGUGACCGUAUGCACGCCGCAUACGAGGC